AGAUCUACGGUAAGAAUGAAUCUUCCAUCCGUGAAAUUGUGAAGAAGGAAAAAGAAAUUCGUGCUAGUUUUGCUGUCGCACCUCUAACUGCAAAAGUUACGGCCACAGUGCGGGAUAAGUGCUUAGUUAAUAUGGAAAAGGCAUUAAGUUUGUGGGUGGAAGACAUGAACAGAAAAUGCGUUCCGCUUGAUGGCAACAUGUUGCGCCAGAAAGCACUGAAUCUAUAUGAAGACUUCAGCAAGGGAUCCCGUGAAACGAGUGACACCAAGACAUUUACUGCAAGUAAGGGAUGGUUACACAGAUUCAGGAAUAGGUUUGGACUGAGAACUAUAAAAAGUACUGGAGAGGCUGUGCCUGCCGCCGAAGAAGCUGCUGCCACAUUUCCGGCAGAGUUGAAGAAGUUGAUUAAGGAGAAAGGAUACCAGCCAAAGCAAGUCUUGGAUUGCGAUGAAACCGGGCUCUUCUGUACAGUACAGACCAUGGCCCACAGCGAGCGCACCUUCAUCGCCAUCAAGCCUGACGGGGUCCAGCGCAGCCUGGUGGGCGAGAUCAUCAAGCGCUUCGAGCAGAAGGGCUUCCGGCUCGUCGCUAUGAAGUUCAUGCGCGCUUCUGAAGACCUCCUCAAGGAACACUACAACGACCUGAAGGACCGUCCGUUCUUUGCCGGGCUGGUGAAAUACAUGCACUCGGGGCCAGUGGUUGCCAUGGUCUGGGAGGGGCUGAAUGUUGUGAAGACAGGCCGAGUGAUGCUCGGGGAGACCAACCCUGCGGACUCCAAGCCUGGGACCAUCCGUGGGGAUUUUUGCAUCCAAGUUGGCAGGAACAUCAUCCAUGGCAGUGAUUCCGUGGAGAGCGCAGAGAAGGAGAUCGCCUUGUGGUUUCAGCCUGAGGAACUGGUCGAUUACAAGAGCUGUGCUCAGAGCUGGAUCUACGAGUGACGCGGCCGCAGACCGCGGUGCUUUCCCACUCCCUCGCCUCCCCUCCCACGGGCAGGGGCCAGGCUACAGCGAGUCUAGUUAUUUCUGAGAACUUCCUUGUAAUCUGGAGGGAAACUCUUGGAGCUGUGAGGGCUCCCUGUACAGUGUUACGUGCUACCAUCAGAUUAAAAUGUUGCAUCCCGUA